UAUUGGUUUCAAUGGUAAUAAUGUCUGAGCCAGAGAAGAGCAAAAUUGAAGAAAAGUCACUUGGUAAAAAAGAUACCCAUGGCCUAUCACUCACUUCAUCAAAGAAAAGUUUUGAAAAUGUAUCUGUUCAUGGACAAAGUAUUGAUCCAGGUGAAGAAGAAAUGACCUUAAACAAAGAAGGUACUGAGUCUGAGGAUGCUACAUAUAAUGAUAGAGAAAUGCCACAAGGGGCACUCCAUAAAAGUGUGGAUGAUGAAAUCAUUGAAAAUAAUGUAAAAAUGCAUGAUCUAAGUGAACUCAGUCAUGAUACUGAUACACUGUGCAAUAACACCAAGAUAACUGAUAAUUUGAGGAGCAAACAUAGAAAACAAAGGAUCAGGUGUUUGGUCUGUGGCCCACACAAAGACUCUUCUAAGGCUGAAUAUAUAAAGCUGUCAACUUGUCCAGAUAUUGAGAGAGAAAUCCAUGAGCUUUUAAAAAUACUUUCUCCUCCUGCAGAAUCUGAUGUUUGUUGUGGCAGAUGUUUGGAAUUGAUGAAAAUCUUUGUAAGCCUUAAGAAUGAUUUUCAGCAAAUGAAACGGAGAAUAACAGCUCUACACAUUGAUGGGCAGUUAGAAAUACAAAAUGGUCGAAAGUGUGAGGAAUAUGAUACUGAUGAUCCUAACACAAGUGAUGAGGACAAUGAAACACAUGAUCCCAGCAGUCAAGAACAAGACAGUGAAAUGAUCAUUAAGCAUGAAAUAAUAGAUAUUGGGUUUGUUAAAGAAAAUACUGAAGAAAGAGAAAGGCUUGAAAAGAACACUACAAAUAAUGAGUACAUAGAGACCACACAUUUACAAAGAAAAAUAUACAAUUGUUGCCAUUGUAACAGAAAGUUCAGUAAGGCAAGUGCUCAUGCCUUACAUGAAAGAUCUCACACUGGGGAAACCAUUUUUAAAUGUGAAUAUUGUGAAGAGUCUUUUACCAGAGCUGGACACCUGAGAGAGCAUGGAAAAGUUCAUGAAUUGAAAUGUUCUUAUUGCAGUAAAUCUUGUUGGGGGCCUAGAGCUUUAGGCAGGCACGAAAAAACCCACACUGCAAAACUGAACCAGAAACCUGAAAUAUUUAAAUGCUCACACUGUGAUAAAAUUCUCAGUAAGAAGCAUGCACUUGUAAUGCAUGAAAUGAUUCACACUUAUGACAGACUAAAAUGUAAACAAUGUGAAAAAUCUUUUAUGAGGAAAGAAGAUUUAAUGGCUCAUGAAAAAAUCCACGAACUGAAAUGUUCUUACUGUGGUAAAUCUUGUAGGGGAACAAGAGCUCUUAUCAAACAUGAGAGAGUUCACUCAGAGGAAGGGCAUAAAAGCAAAACAAAAAUCUACAAAUGCUCACACUGUGAUAAAACAUUUAACAGAGGAAGCUCCCUUGUCUUGCACGAAAGUAUUCACAUUGGCGACAGACUCAAAUGUAAGCAAUGUGAAAAAUCUUUUACCAGGAAAGAUGAACUAAUGGAGCAUGAAAGGAUGCAUGAAUUACAAUGUUCUUUUUGUGGUAAAUCUUGUUGGGGAACGAGAGCUCUUAUCAAACAUGAGAGGAAUCACAAUGGUGAAAUACCACAAAAGAACAUGAAUACAUACAAAUGUUCACACUGUGAUGAAAGUUUCACUUGGAAAAGUCAACUUCAGGCACAUGAAACUAUUCACUCUGUUGAGGGAUUCAAAUGUAAACAUUGUGCACAAUCUUUUACCAAGAAAGAUGAUUUUGUGGAACAUGAUAAAUCACAUGAAUUUAAGUGUUCGCAUUGUGGAAAAUCUUGUUGGGGAACAGAAGCUCUUAACAGGCAUGAGAAAUAUCAUACUAUGGAAAAACCAUACAAAUGUAAGAGCUGUGAUAUGUCAUUUGCAUAUAGAACAACAUGGCAAGACCAUGAAAGAACUCACACUGGAGAAAAACCUUACUUGUGUCAGUACUGUACCAAACGCUUUGCCCAGAGUUCAACUUUAAAAUCACAUGAAAGGACCCAACACACUGGAGAGAGGCCACACAAAUGUCAGUACUGUGAUAGAGGCUUUCCAACCAGAUUAGCGUGUGAAGAACAUGUACGUUUUCACACGGGGGAAAAGCCUUUUAAGUGUGAUCACUGUAACAAAAGAUUUGUGAGAAAAUCCAAUUGGAGAGAUCAUGUGAAAACCCACCUUGGCAUUAAACCUCAUGUGUGCUCAUACUGCGGAAAAAGAUUCCGUGACAGAUUUACCCUUGGUAGACAUGAAAGGACUCACACUGGUGAAAAACCAUAUAGGUGCAAACACUGUGAUAAAACAUUCAAUAGAAAAAGUAACUGUAACACACAUGAAAAGAAGCACACUGGGGGAAAACCCAGCAGAAAGGGUUUAUCUUGUAAUAAGGAAAAAAAUCAAUCUGACUUAUAUAAAAAUCGACAUCCUGAGGACAGUCUCAACAGUGAGAACUCUGAUGGUUUGGUAAUGAGUCAGCAGUUGGACAGUUCAUUCAUCAGUCAACAGUUUGAUAGCACAUAUAGACCCCAGCACAGUGAGAGUACAUUCAGACCUCAGCACACUGACAGUACAUUGAGAUCUCAGCAUAUGGAAACCUCAUUUAGGGGUCCACACUCCAGUAAUGUGUUCCCUACUCCAGAGGCUGUUUAUCAUGGAGAUAAUUCUAAUGCCUAUGGGUAUAACAUGUAUGUGCCAGGGUUGUGAUGUUAUUGUUGUAUUUACAGUGUUAUGUAGAGAUACACGCAUGAAUUACAGUAACCACCUCCUUUACAGAACUAGGCAGAAGUUGAAAUAGAGUUGUCAAACUGACACUGGUGAAAUAGUAAUUGCAUUGUUGGCAAAUUUUUACUGAAUCUGGACUGUAAUACUACAUUGUUAAACGUGAAUUCUACAAAUUCUACAACAAUAAAGAUGUUUAUAAAGCUUGGUUUUAUACUCAUAAAUUACGAUAAUGGCACAAUCAUUUCAACAGUGGAAAAUUAUCAGUUUUUCAGAUAUAUAAUUAUGGAAUCAUUAAAUAUACAUUUCUAU